UGGAAAAUGGGCUGGACUACAGCCCUUCAUGCAAAUGCCGUGCAGGUCAUAUCUGUGGGUCUGCGACAGGAAGCACCGUCUUUCUGCUCAGUGCCACCAGCAUGACUUAGAGGCAUCACCUAGUUCUUGCUGCUGCAUGGAAUCUUCCACGCCACCAUCCCCUGGACCUGCUUCAUCCACAGACAGCACUGUGAUGUCUAGUGAUUCUGGAUCCGACACAAUGAACAUGGCUUCUCAUGGCCCUGGUGGUGAGUCACUCGGUGAGAAUGAGGAGGAUGCCAGACCCCCUUCCACAAUGAUGAAGCCCAAAAACAGCAGUCCAGUUCCCCAGAAUACCACACUGGGAAGCUCUGUGAGUGAGGACAGAGCCAGGCUGAGUCAGGAAGCCAAAGCAGAACUAGAAACAAUAGUGGACCACAGGAAAGAAUGUACCACCAGAGCAGACACGGCUGUGCCCUCUCCUGCCUCCAUUGUGAAGUCAGUAAACUUCAAACAAAGCGAAAACACAUCUGCUAAUGAAAAGGAGGUGGAGGCCGAAUUUCUCAGGUUGUCACUGGGGUUUAAGUGUGACUGGUUCACCUUGGAGAAGAGAGUGAGGCUGGAGGAGAGAUCCCGCGACUUGGCGGAAGAGAACUUGAAGAAAGAAAUCACUAACUGCCUAAAGCUAGUAGAGUCUUUGAUGCCACUCUGUGAGGAGGACAACCAGGCCCAGGAAACCCUCAGGAAGCUGGAGAAGAGCAUUGCCUUCCUGAGUCAGUGCACAGCGCGUGUGGCCAGCAGAGCCGAGAUGCUGGGAGCCAUCAACCAAGAGAGCCGGGUGAGCAGGGCCGUGGAGGUGAUGAUCCAGCACGUGGAGAACCUGAAGCGCGUGUAUGCCAAGGAGCACGCGGAGCUGGAGGAGCUCAAGCAGGUGCUGCUGCAGAACGAGAGGUCCUUCCGCCCACUGGGAGAUGAAGAUGACUGCCAGAUAAAAAAACGCUCGGCCUCUCUCAACUCCAAGCCAUCUUCUCUGCGGAGAGUGACCAUCGCCUCUCUGCCCAGGAACAUCGGGAACGCAGGCAUGGUGGCUGGGGUGGACACCAGUGAGCGGUUCAGCCGCAGCUCAAGCAGCUGGCGGAUCUUGGGGUCAAAGAGCGAGCACCGUCCCUCCUUACAGCGGUUCAUUAGCACCUAUUCCUGGCCAGAUGCGGAAGACGACAAACAUGAGCUCAAAACUAAAGAACACUCAGAACCUCCUGGAGAAGAGAUGGUGGAAAAGGCCCGGAAGCCGAGUCUUUCUGAGAAGAGGAAUAACCCUUCAGAGUGGGAUGCAGCUUCACUCUGCAACCCCCUGGCUUCCUGGGCAGCCAACCUCAAGGCCUCUGUCAGGGGUGCCAACAAGGCCCUCUGGCUGCCUGUUGCCGCCCUGGUCUUCUUCGCAGCUCUCAUGAGCUUCCUCACCGGCCACUGCUUCCAGAAGCCUGUGGAUGCCACACCCGUGCGGGACGGGGGCCUCUGGCUGUCCCUGGAGCGCCUGCUGCGGCCGCUGGCCGGACUCCAUGAUGGCCCACCUGCGUGAGGGUGAUAGGCUCUCACUUGGCAGAUCCAAGAAGGUGGGACCGACCAUCAGCACAGGAGCCUGCAGGACCCGGGGCUUGGCCUCCAUACUCACUACCUGAUAGGGCUCUUGUCAUGAGGCCUCUGGACCAGAGACAUGGCUGUACCUUCAGCGUCCCACCUUGCAACCAUCGGGUCCUCGAAGAAGAUGACGUUCUGGUGGACCUUGAGCGUGACCUCGAUGGGUGGGAAGUUGUUCUCUGCGUCGUUGCUGUCCUCCAUGGUGUCCGGGGGGUACGAAUGUUUCUGCAGUCCUUCCUUGAGGAUCUUUUUAAAAAUGGCACCCAGUGAGUUACAUGCUGGCCGGUGACAGCUAGAGAUGCAAGCAGUACUGGGUAGGUUUGUUAUUUCAGCAAGUACUGUAGCUGACUAAACAUUAGCAAAUGUCACAACAUUUACAAACACCACAAAGAGGCAGCAUAGUGGUUCUGCAGAAAACUCUCCUGCCUGAGGUCCUGAGGUCCCAGGUUCAGUCCCCAGCACCACCACCAUCAGCCAGAGCUGAGCAUGGCUCUGGCCUCCCUCUGUCUCUGGUCUGUCGUAACCCCCUCUCAUUAAAGUAAAUAUAAAUGAAAUAAAGCAGGGAGUCGGGUGGUAGCACAGUGUGUUAAGCGUACGUGGCAUGAAGCGCAAGGACUGGCAUAAGGAUCCCGGUUCGAGCCCCCAGCUCCCCACCUACAGGGGAGUUGCUUCACAAGUGGUGAAGCUGGUCUGCAGGUGUCUAUUUUACUCUCCCUGUCUUCCCCUCCUCUCUCUAUUUCUCUCUGUCCUAUCCAACAAUGAUGACAUCAACAACAACAGCUAUAAUAACUACAGCAACAAUAAAAAUGGACAAUAAAAGGGAAAAUAAAUAAAAAAUAUUAAAAAAAUGAAAUAAAGCACUCAAGUAGAAUGUAAUUCUUGACUCCUCUUAUAGACCACGUUCUGUGCUGGAACUUAUUCUUUCAUUUCUCCAAGCAAUCCUACAAAGCACGUAUUCAAAUUGCUUAAAAAAUGAAGCAAUUUGCCAAGAAUUACAAACUGACUCCAGAGACACCAGAGCUCCAGGACAGAUGAGCAGGGAUCCAAGUCCUCCAUCCUAACACCUGUGGUUAGGGCACACAGAUACAGAGACCACCCUGGAAGCAGGGGGCAAGUGAAUGGAGGAAAAGCCCUUUGAAAACCAUCUGGCUGUCUGCCUUAGUCCCACACUCUGCUGGGGGUGGAGGGCAGCACAUGAAGCUGUCAGACUUCCCUGAUACACAGUCUAGAUGCAGCACGGAGGAGCCCAGGAAGGGAGAAAACCAAAGAUGGCAGAGAAGAGGGGGGGCUGCGUGAACCCCAGUGCUGGUCUGGCCUGCCUCCUCCCCCUUCUCUCUCAUGUGAAACUUGCUCCUGUGUAACAAACAGAAAUAAACAGUUCUUAGACUUA